CUCAAGUAGAUGGACACAAAGGAAGAAGCUAAAGAAAAGGCAGCGAGGGAUGGCCAAGAUCCCUCCAAAAAUACUCCUGAAGACGAAGAAGACGAGAAAGUUAAUGACCUUGAUAGACACGAUCCUUAUGAUGAUGAGGAGGAAGAUGCACACUCUACUGGGGGAAAUAGGAAUAGAGAAGAACAGGAUGUUGAAGAAGAUGACUUUUAUGAUGAAGAGUCUAAGGGACCUAGUGGGCUUUCCAGAGAGAGUCAUAGUAGGGGCAGAAGGGAUGCAGAAGAGGAGGAUGAGGAGGAAGACAAGAAAAGAGAUGAAAAUCAAGGGCUUCUUGAAGGGCAAGAGGGACAUGAGGAAGGCAAGAAUGAACCCAUAUUGUUCACUCCUAUUAAGUCAGAGGGAGAUCCUAUUGAUUUUGAGAGAAAGACUCAGUAUAGGUUUCCUUUGACAUCAAGGCUGUUUAAAGCUUGAUGUUGAUGUUUCUCGGGUAAAAGAAAUAUUGAAGUGAUGAGGAAUGACCAGAUUUUUGAAGAAUUUAAAGGAGAAGAAUAUAAAUCGAAUAAAAUCGAGAUUAAGAUAAACAAAAGUGGUCCACUGGCUCUAGAUCAAUAUAUUCUGCAUCCAUUUGUGAAGGUCCAUCUGGUAGAUCUCAGAACUUAUAAAUAUCUGGCAAAAGCCAAUAUGGAUAUUCCCGGGGUAUAUAAUAGAGAGAAAAUAAGUUAUUACAACUCUCAUAAAGUUCAUUUUCAGCAUCCUAACGUUGAUUAUUAUUUGCCACUGAGUACGGCUCAUUACGAUCUGAGAGAUAAAGCGGAAAAUUUCUGUAGUUGGUACGAAUCCUUCUCUGUUGAUAUUAGAGUUGAAGACUUUCUUAACCCAUAUGUGGUUAUUUUGUUUGAAAUUCUUGACUACAGUGCAGCAUUGCUACUGGAGAAUAGUAAAAAGCUGAAUGCUGAUAAGAUGCUUCCUAUAGCAUGGGGAUUCUUGAGACCUAUUGGGUGUGCAAGACAGCACCUGGCUGAUUCCCAGAUUCAAUUAUACUACUAUAAAGGGAGGCAUACCAAAGAGAGAAGAAUGAAGAAUGAAAUUGAUCUGAGAACUCCAGAUGUGUUGUGUGAACUUAAUUGGCCAAAUAAGACUAAAUAUCCUUCUUAUCUCGAGAUUAAUUUGAACUUUUUAAACGAUGAAGUGCCUCAAACCAUCACUCAUUUUUCAAGAUAUCCUUGGGAGUAUGAAGUAGGUCUCAGAGAGUUUUCAAAAAGACCAGGAGCAAAGAGAGCUGUUACUUUUGGAAGAAAACGUACAGGAGAUCAAGAGCCUGAAGAGAGAAUGAAGUAUUAUAAAUGGGAAAGAGCAAAGAAUGAAGGCUGCAAACUUCCAAAUAAAUUCUUGAGAAAACUUGAGACUGAAGAACUAGGUGCAUUCAGAAUAAAAUUCUCAAAUAAUGGUGACUUUUUAGCCGUUGCUUGCUCAGUUAACAAUUCAAGGACAAUUUUAAAAAUCUUUCAAGUAACCACUGGAGAGAUCUUGAUGAAACUUAAAGGACAUCAUGAUUUAAUUCACGAUAUCAUUUGGUCUAACGACGAUAAGAUUCUUUCAACUUGUUCUGCUGAUGGUAGCGUAAAGAUAUGGGAUGUGAGCUCUGUUGAUCAAGAAGGGCCAAACAAACUUGACCACAAUGAAAACGAUACCUACUAUUACAUAUGUGAGCUAAUUCAUCCUUCUUAUGUUUAUGGAGGGAAAUUCUACAAAGAAGGAACUUACAAAGGCUCAAGGUAUAAGAUCUUGGUUACUAUAUGAUACGACCAAGUAAUAAGAUUCUGGCAUCUAGAAUUCAACUCAGAAGGCGUUUUCACUUAUAAAAGUUGCAUAAAAUCACUAAAUUUCCUUAACCUGGAUAGCAUGAGGAAAGCUCUAAUUGAGAACAAGUUAGACAUGGACUUUCUACAAAACCCUACUCUUGCAAAUCAUGUGUACCCUAACUGCAUCAUGAUCGAUAAGAUGGGAAAGUUGUUUGUGGGAGACUCAAUUGGGCUGAUUCGGACCUGGGACCUCUCAUACCUUGAUGGAGAGAUCUAUGCUGAUAACUAUUUUAUCAUCAAACACAAAGAAAUUGAAGAUGACACUGUUAAUAAGAUCAUGAUUGAUCCUGACUCAGAAGACAAGAUUAUUGUUCAUUCUAGAGAUAGCUGCAUCAGAAUUAUUGAAUUUGAUAGGGAUCUUAAGAAAGACGCCAAAGUCAGGACCAGGCUUUUUGGAGCCAGGUCUGCUUACCAGAUGAUCAGGUCUUGAGCCAGUCCUGAUGGAGCCUAUCUUGCCUCAGGCUCUGAGAAAGGUAAUAUUAAUGUUUGGAAUAUUCAUACUGAAGAGAGAUUUUCGCAAGAGUACAACUGCAAGUUCUUAGACUCUACUUGAGAUGUUGAUUGGAACAAUAAAUUUAACAUGAUCGCAACUUGAGGAUUUGGAGAAAGCUAUCCAGUUUUGAUUUAUGUCUAUGAAAAGACUCAAAAAGAGGUAUACUUCUCAAUGGGAAGAAACUUAGUAGACGAAGAUCUCUUUGACGGAUCAGAAUCAUUAGUCACAACUAAUACAAAGAGCCAUGAUGCCACAAGAACUGAAUACUCUGAUGGUGAUAGAAGAUCAGUAGUUACCGACAAUAGAACUGAUGAAUAUCACUCCUACUUUUCUGAUAGGAACAGUGAGUCUAGGCUAGGAAGACCAAGCCAUCGUAGCGAGGACGAUAAUUUUCAUACACCUAAAAAGUAAUACUAAUUAUUCAAUUUAAA